UCUUUUCUCACAACUGAUCUAUUUUUAGAAUAAAAGUUUCAGUUGUUGAGAAAAGUGAAUGGAAAAGUUGUUCAUGGGCAGUUGUUCGUAGACCAUGGACUCGUUGGCGUUUCAUUCUGGUUUCGCAGUUGCAAGUAUCAACAACCUACAAAGAAACGGUAAUCAAUUAUGCAUCAGUAACUACCUAAAGAGGUCGAUAGGCAUAUUUCAGUUCGCUUAUGACAACUGCAACCAUCCAGUGACUAGAAUGGUCUCCUCCUCCCAAGAUGCUUUCCACGAGAAAUCAUUUCGAAGCAAAACUUUCAAGUUGAAAAACAAUAGAAAGACGGAAUUAGAUCCAUUUUGGGAAAACUUUGACAACUUAUCCAACCAACUUGCGGACUUUUGUGCUAUCCAUAACCAUCCUGCUGGAAUAUUGCCAACCAAUGUAUAUUUGAGAGCAAAAGGUGCUCAUGUACUAGUCGAAGCAAUAGCAAAACAUGGAGGGCCUGAACCAGUUUCACAAAAGUUGGGUUGGAAACUACCAAAACAAAGCAAGUGGACCCCUCUGCGGUCUGUGUUACGUGACCGAGAAUUGGAGAGUCUCACUGAACAAGUUGUUGAACUCAUAAAAGAAAGAAACUUGGCAAAGGAUGAAAUGCCCUCGAGAGAAACUAUCAGAAAAUACAAACCUGUUCUUAUGAAUAAGAUUUGUGCUGGAAGAUCACAUUAUGAGAAGAUAGCGCAACGAUUGGGUUUUGAAAUACCAAAGAAGACCAGAAAGAAAAAACAAGUUUCUUAUGUUGGAUACAAGUCACAAGAGAAGAGAAUCUAUGGUUACUGGACAGAUAUGAAUAAUAUUGCCAAAGAAUUGGAAAACUUUUGUAAGCAGAAUGAUUUCAAUCAACGCAUCGUUCCUGCAAGUCAACAACUUUUGGCCAAAGGAAGAAGUGAUAUUUGGUAUGCAAUUGCACGUAAAGGAGGGGAAAGGCUGGUUGCUUCACAUUUGGGUUUACAUUGUAGUCAAGAUUGGAGAUAUUUCGAAGAGUUUCUUUAUUUAGUGAAAGAAAUUCAUCAGUUUUGUCUACAAUAUAAUUGUAUAGGAAUGAUGCCUUCUUAUCGUGUGUUUCGACUAGCAGGAAGGCCUGAUUUGGCUACUUUGAUUCUUCGUCAUGGUGGCAAUAUAGCACUUGGUGCACGUUUGGGUUUAAAGUUGCAUCAAAAUACUGGAAAGAAUCGUCUAUUGAAUUGGGGUCCCUUUUCUAUUGAAUUUGCGAUUGAAUGUUUGGAGUUUACAAAGCAACAUUGCAGUGUGGUGGAAGGAAUGAUUCGAAUUCCAUCAAAGCAGUGUAUGUUGUUGAAUGGAAGAGAGGACCUGGUUGAUACAGUGGAGAGUUAUGGAGGUAUUGUACAAGUUGCUCGACGAUUGGGUUUGGCUCCUCCCAGUGAUGAAGACUGGGUAUGGCUUUCUGUAGAUUCCAUUUCAGAAAACAACAGCAUGGAGAAGGGUUUGUAUAUAUCAGAAUAAGAGAGAGAGAGUGUGUGUGUGUGUGUGUGUGUAAUAGUGUUAUACCUCUCCAGAUAUAUAAUCUUAUACUUUGUGGGAAAACAAAGAUAAGAAAUAUCUCGUGGAGGUAUAUUUGUUG